GCCGGGGGUGGGACACAACAGAGGCAAAACGGAUGUACGGUACAUAGUUAGAUGUGGUAGAUGCCUUGAUUUAACCAUCAUCUCGAUCUUUCGGAUAGCUGGGACCGCCUUAGUAUGGUAUAGACUGUGCACCUAUCGAAAGGUGACAGACAGAAAUGGAUGACGACGAAAUACCUGAGCUGGUCGAAAUUUCUCAGACCAGCGAAGCCACCGGCACUUUGAAGGAUGGGCCUGAUAGAAAGGUGCCGAUCACCAUAAUAACCGGCUACUUGGGGGCUGGCAAGACAACUUUGCUCAACUAUAUCUUAACAGCAGAGCACGGCAAGAAAAUAGCAGUCAUUUUAAACGGCAUGUGGUUGCCCUCCAAUCUCCAAAGGAAUACUCCGAUCAACUGCUUCUAUCUCCGGUCAGCCUUGAUUUUCGAUGAUGGAUUUUGUCUGCUAACGUCCUCACGAGAGCCACAGAGUUCGGAAACACAGCGGAUAUCGAAAAAUCCCUCACCGUCAAUCAGAACCACCAGGCAACAACAGAAUGGAUCCCCCUCGCCAACGGAUGUAUCUGCUGUAGCGUCAAAGACUCGGGGGUGGCAGCACUCGAGUCUCUCGUUGAGCGCCAGAAGGACUUUGACUACAUCCUGCUUGAGACUACGGGCGUUGCGGACCCGGGGAACAUCGCACCUAUGUUUUGGCUCGAUGAAGGACUAGGCAGCAGUAUCUACCUCGAUGGCAUUGUCACAGUAGUCGAUGUCAAAAACAUCCUCAAAAGCCUUGACGAGCCCGCACCAGAAGAGUUGCCACAAUCCGAGUCCGACGAUCACCACGACCACGGCCUUCCUCUGCUCACAACCGCUCAUCUCCAAAUCUCCCAUGCGGAUGUGAUAAUCCUCAACAAAACAGAUCUUGUCUCUCCCGCACAGCUCUCAGCUGUUCAAGCCAGAAUAGCUUCUAUCAACAGCCUCGCGCGCAUAGUCCCGACGGAACAUUCUCAUGUCGUGAACCUCAGCGGCACCAUCCUCGAUUUGAAAGCAUACUCAACUUUCCCCUCGACCUCCAUCACGUCCAACACUGCCGGCAACACAAUACCCGAUUUCGCCUCCAGAGGCCAUUCUCACCUAGACCCCACACUCUCCACAGCCACCUUCACCUUGCCUCCUUUUGAUCCGCAAAAGCUACACCUUCUCUCGGGCUGGCUGGAGGUCCUGCUCUGGGACGCCGAAGAGUCCCAGCUGGGAUGCGAUCGAAAGUACGAAAUUCAUAGAACAAAGGGGCUGAUAAGGUGUACGGACGGGACAACUAGAGUCGUACAGGGAGUGAGAGAGAUUUUCGAGAUCAUUGAGCUGCCAAAUACGAAGAAUGAUGAUGCUGGGGGUCCAAAGGGGGGGGAAGAGGAUGAAACGACUGCAGGAGAGGGGAAGAUCGUGUUCAUCGGGAGGAAUCUGGAUUUGAUCACGGAAUUGAAGGUUGGCGAAGAUGGCGGCUCUGUUUGAUAUGGGAGGGCAGAUGUAAAAAGCAUCUAAGAUACAGGAUUGUGACUCCAAGAAUAGACAAAGUUGCAAAUUGCAAAUGCUAUUUCAUGA